UUGGAGGAUUCUUCAGCGCUGAUGGGCUUUCACUAGAUAUUAGCAGAUAUGUCCGACUCUGUCAGAGUUUGUAUGUGAGCGGUACUACAGGUGAUUGGAUUGGAGAUGCUAGUGGAUAUAUGAUAGACAUUUGUUAAUGCGAUCAAAAGCUGUUGGAAUAUUCCCUUACUCUCAAGGCCUGGUAAAUGGAAAUGAUGUAACAUGAAUCCCGGAAGUGGACUGUCCGAGACUAACAAUUCCGGAAACACCCUGCGACCCUAUCUUCGCCGGAAAAAGUCUUCGUUUGGUGAAACCAAGGUCGCUGUCAUUGGAACCGACGGUGUCGGCAAAAGCGCGCUCUCUGUCCGUUUUCUGACGAAGAGAUUCAUCGGAGAAUAUGACCAGACAGUUGAAUCAAAGUACAAAUACACGACGACAACAGACGGAGAAACGAUCACGUUUGAAGUCUUAGAUACCAUAUCCGAGAGCGAGGACUGCGGGGCGCGGGAUGACGUCCUCCGGUGGGCGGACGGUGUCCUCAUUGUGUACUCCGUGGUCAGUAGGGACACGUUUGACGUCAUCCAGGACAUCAGGAGGAGGAUCGACGACUGUCGGAAGGGGGCAAGCAUUCCAAUGGUUCUACUAGGAAACAAGUGUGACCUGGCUCAUAUGAGGAAAGUCACACAGGAAGAAGGCCAGCGAUUAGCCAAUGAAAUGGGGUGUCCUUUUCUUGAAGUCUCUGCAUCCGAAGACGUGGACAUGGUAACAGACGCGUUUCUUAUUCUGUCACGUGAGGUUGUGGAUUUCAAGAGGCGGUCACGGACUUUCUUUGACAGAGUCUUCGGUGCGUUUGGAAGAGAAAAAGUGUCUACUUGAUUGGGAAUUGUUCUUAGUCUUUCAUGUGUUUUUGAUCUUGAGUGACGUGUUGAAGUUGUUAUUUUGUAUUUGUAUGUUAUUGAUGCAUUUUAGUUUGUAAUAAAUAUCUGUAAAUUUCUA